AUGGUGGUCACCCCAGUAACAGCUGAGGACACAGCCACCGCUAUCCUUGCGCUCGGAAAGUCAGCUUGGAAACUAGGGGUUUCUCUCUCGAAGCUCGAUCAAGACGCCGGAAUCGUUGAUAUAACGGUCAAGAACCUAGCAGGGGAGGUCAAGUCCUUUGGCAUUGAAUGUGACCUCGUAUAUUCCGAGUUGCAAGAAGUAGUGAGUAAGGCUGGGGCAGGGCCGCCUCCGCGUUAUGAAAUCUAUGACGAGAUUUGGAGCUGUCUCAUAACCCUAGUAGAGGAGGCCGAUCAAACAAUACAAGAAGUGGAGCUGUUUUGCAAUGGUGUUAGUGGGGAAGGUUCUGGUUCGAUAGGUCAGGCUCGGCGUCAGAGGAAGCUGGAAAAAAACAGAGACAACAUUACAAGCGUCAAAGAAAACAUUUGUAGGCACACCGACAGCCUGCGUAUUACGCUACUAUUGAUCAAGACGAAACUUAGAAACCCCGAAUCUUCCCGCGCCGAUCGGCGCCUUUCUCAAGCACUGGAAAAGUUACAAUAUAUGCUUAAGAAGCUGCAAACAUCUUUCGAAGCGAGCCCGCAAUCACGACCCAGUCAAAUCGAGGCCCGUUUGAUGCAGUAUGCGCGUGAAGUCAUCAUCGAAGGUACAACUACGAAUGAGACAAGAUCGGCCGCUAAGUCUAUUGCUGGGAGUCAAGGUGCAACAAGUGAUAGUAUAGGAAUUGCAGAAUGGCCGCAUAAUCAGGGCUCUGCGCAUCAAAGUCAGCAACGUUGGAAUCCUCAAGACAUGGAAGCUAAGACCCACUCCAUGUAUCCUGCGCAGCGUACCGUGGAAGAAUGCGAGGCUGUCGGUGAAUUAGGGGAUUCUGAUGACGACCUGGACACCGAUCUUGCCACCGCAGCACUAGACACCGGCACCGUAGCUUUCGAGGCGCGAGAAUGGGAGGAUGCCAACUCCCUACUCCAAGAAGCAUUACGAGUACUACAGCAGCUGCCAACCGAACGGCGUGCAUUCUGCGAUAUCUUCAGUCUGCACUAUAAGCUUGCUGUCUGUGCCUAUCAUACGCAAGGGCCUGUGGAUGCCGAAGAAGCUCUUUUGAGCCUAGUUCAACAGCCAGCGAGUUCCGAUAUACAUCGUGGGUGCAUUUACGACGCGAAACAUCUACUAUCACAGAUAUAUCUCCGAAUAGGCCAGGUCGAACGUGCAAGGUCUGAGUGUGAGAAAGCUUUACAGGCUCGAAGGCGGUUACUGGGUAAGCAGAGCGAUGCCUCGUUGGAGUCAACUGUGCUCAUGGCACACAUAUACUUCUUGCUCAACAAUCGUGCUCGUGCUAAGUCAUGCCUUGCCAUGAUACCAGAAGCACGCAGAGAGGAAGUCAUAAAGACUGUUGAGCGUUCAAUGGGUACGACACUGGGGCAUCUCGAAUUUUCAACCUUACUGAAUCGAGAGACCUCUGAAGACUUAGAUCGGGGAUCAACGCGCAACGAAAGUAGGCGCUCUUCGUCUACUUUUGGACAGCCUGUGGAGAACUUUUUCCAUAGCCCGGUGCCUUCGAUAAUCAAAUCACCAGCUAAUAGUCCACGGCAACCCCCACAAGACAUCUUCUUAGAUAAAUCGGGCGUGGAGGGUCGGCAGGUCACGACGGCAAAAUCUCAUUUGUCGGUAGAAGAAGUAAGCGAAUGGAGAUCUACGAAGAAAGAAAGACCAAGUGAGGAUCAUUCGGCAGACCCAGUAGCAUUUGGUGAGAUGGGACUAAGCCAGAGCGAAGUCUCCAAGGGCCAAUCACUAUCUCGGAAGGAGAUACUCGACAAGGUUGGCUGUCAGCCUAGAGAUCGAAUUGAAACUGCUGUCUGCGACGGAGAUCAUGCAGCUUUGGCCAGUCUUCUCAGCAAGAAAAAGGAUUCUUGGCGAUCAAAGUUCCGCAAGCGUGUCCGUUCGGAACGCGUAACAGCGCUGCAUUUCGCUGCACUUUUCGGCGAGAUGAAUAUGGCGCGGCGCCUGCUGGACUCAGGUUUCAACAUCAACGAAGUCCCGUAUGGGUACACAACAAGCCUUACGCCCUUGACAUUUGCUGUAGGUGCUCGGCGAGUAGACAUGGUUAGAUUUCUGGUUGCAAAUGGCGCGAAGCCGUCCGAGCUGGAUUCCUGGUCAACGUUGGCCGGCCAAUUGAUGAGCCGCUCAUGGUUGAUGAAAACCAUGUCAGACUCUGAGAAGGAAUUGGUUCCGACCCAGAUAGUUGCAAUCUUCGGUAUCUUACUCCAACAUGGGUGGGACGUAAAUAUGCCGUUCGAGACGACCGGCCGAACGGUGCUGCAUCAGGCUGUCACCUUUUGGACAGGUUCAUACAAGUGGGACCUAAACCUUCGCGCUGUCAUUACUUCGUUUCUGUGUGAACGAGGUGCAAACCCUUUCCAACGAAAUACCGAAGGAAAGACGCCGUAUGAUAUAGCUUCGGCUUCCGGUCAUCAUGAUCUUUUGCUGGUUCUCGACCGACAUGGGAAAAGGAAAGACUUCAACGAUGGGCGAGUAGAACCAGCUGAGCUUGCUAGCUAA